AGAGAAUGUGUAGUUUGCGUGUUUAACUCUUUGUGAGUUGGUGUGAAUUAUAAUAGAGUCCCCUCUUCACUGUGACUGGCCACAUGAAAAGGGGAGUGGUCUGAAUUCCAUUUAGCGACUAUGGGGUUGUGUCAGGGGGCAGCUCAAGUGGCUGGAGACUUGAUGAAACACGCACACAUGCAGUCUGGCACCGGCAACCUGUAGGAAUGAUCUUCUGAAUGCUAAUGCUUUUUUUUCUUUUCUUCAUUGAAUGGUUAUAAUCUGCAGAGCUUUAAAAGGAUUGUUUAAAGUUGGAUGCAAUUAGGAAAAUAUUCUUAAGAAAGAUUGGGAACCCUCUGAACCUCUCAACUAGAUGGAAAGUGUGUCGAAGAUGUUGCAUGUCGACUUGCUUCUGUUAACUGUCUGUUACGGUGUGGGGACAGCACAUUCGGACAGCAUUGUGGGUAAGAGACAGUAUCAGAUCCAAAACGGGCAAUGCAGCUACACCUUUCUGCUGCCUGAACAGGAGAACUGCCAAAGCUCAAGUAGUGGCUACAAUUAUCCAGUUCAAAAGGAUGGGCCUACAGACAAUGACCAGUCAGUUCAGAGAUUACAACAGCUGGAGAUGGUUAUGGAGAACAACACACAGUGGCUACUCAAGCUACAGAACUACAUCCAAGAAAGCAUGAAGAAGGACAUAGUCCAAAUUCAACAAAGUGCGGUACAAAAUCACACGGCUACAAUGAUUGAAAUAGGAACAAACCUGCUUAGUCAAACUGCAGAGCAAACAAGGAAACUCACCAACGUUGAGGCACAGGUAAUCAUUCACACGACGCGACUCGAGCGACAACUCCUUGAGAAUUCCUUGUCAACAAAUAAGUUGGAAAAACAACUCAUUGUCCAAACCAAUGAAAUAAACAAACUCAGCGACAAAAACAGCUUACUGGAAAAGAAGGUAAAAGAUUUGGAGGAGCAGAGGAAGGGAGAGCAGAAGGUGCUUAAAGAAGAAAAGGAACAGCUUCAAACAUUAAUACAAAGGCAGACAGCCAUCAUUGGCGAGCUGGAGCAGCAGUUGCUCAGAGUGUCUUCCAACAACAGUGUCUUGCAGCAUCAGCAACAGGAGCUCCUGGAGACUGUCAACCACCUAAUUUACACCUUCUCUAUCGGCACAGCCCGAGAGACAAAAACCCCUAUGAUGCAGGAUACGCCCACCACAUUCAUGGACUGUGCUGCGGUCUUCAAAUCGGGAAACACCAAGAGUGGGGUCUAUACUCUCACUUUGCCUAAUACUACCCUGGAGGUUAAGGCUUUCUGUGACAUGGAAAUGGAGGGAGGUGGUUGGACGAUACUACAAAAACGCUUUGAUGGCAGUGUUGACUUUCACCGUACGUGGCAAGAGUAUAAAAAAGGUUUCGGAGAUCCUUCGGGGGAAUUCUGGUUAGGAAACGAAUUUGUCUCCAUGCUGUCAAGCAAGCACUCAUAUAUCCUACGGAUCCAAUUGAGUGACUGGGAAGGAAACUCGGCAUUUUCCCAAUAUGACCAGUUUUCUCUUGAUGGUGAAACACAGAACUACAGGAUACACCUUAAAGGCUACAGUGGAACAGCAGGCAAAAUAAGCAGCAUCGGGCAGCCAGGAAGUGAUUUCACUACAAAGGAUGCAGACAAUGACAAAUGUGUUUGCAAAUGCUCACAACUGACAACAGGGGGUUGGUGGUUUGAUGCUUGCGGUCCAUCCAAUUUAAACGGCAUGUAUUACCAGCAGGGCCAAAAUUCCAAUCGCUUUAAUGGCAUCAAAUGGUACUACUGGAAGGGCUCAGGAUACUCACUGAGGACUACAACAAUGAUGAUCAGACCGACAGACUUCUAGGUUUAACCAUUUUAUGUGUCACUCACACUUUAAGCAAGAUUGGGAAGGAAACUCAGACAGACUUGCGCAAAAGGCAAAACUAAGCUAUGGAGUCCAUUGAGCACAAAGCACCAUGGGGCGUUUCUAAAAAGACUCUAGAAAAAACUUGAUUUUGUUAUAUAUGUUGUACAAUGACAAUAAAGAUUGUAUCUAUUGGGGAAAGCAUCAUUUGGUGCAUCAGCAAGUUAAAGAUCUAAAACAAAACAUAACAUUUAAAAAAAAAUGAAAAAAAUAAGGUAUUUAUUAAGUUUAGCCAUAAAAAAAGGAUCUUAUAAAUAAGUUCAGCCAUUAUAUUUAAACAUAUACAAUAAUUACAUACUACCAACAUUGAUAUACAUUUUUGAGUGGAAAUGGUACAACAAGAACAUGUUGGCUCUUUAUAUUUAUUAACAGUUUCGUAUAGGUUACUAUUGUAGAUUUUUUAAAAGGCAAAUGAGAAAAUAAUAUAGAUUCAGUUAAGAUAACAUUACUCGUAAGGAUAUUCCGAUCAGCGUUUUUUGCUGCCGAUUCCAAACAUCCAUCACUGAGAUCAAACAGUACCAAUACCGACAGUCCGACGCUGAUCACAUGUAUUAACUGUCAUCAUUUUCCUACAUUUAUGGUGAAUGCUAUUGCCAGUUUAACACAAUCAACACAGUAUUUAAACAUGAUUUUUAUUGUCUUUUAUUAUAUACAAUUGUUUGAGAAAACUAAAUAAUGAAUUAUAAUAGUACUAAAAACCAACAGUAUAUGACCAGAGAUAAUAAUAUUUGAUAAAACGUAAGAUACUAAGAAAUGCAGUUGUUUUGCUGUAACGGAGGCAAUUAUUAUUAGCUUAGGGUAGCGACUCCACAUCGUGUAUGGAGACACAUAAUUAGCUGCUCGUAGCUUGCCUGCCAGAGGUCUGGCGUUGAUGAUCAGCAAUUAAAGGCAUUAAUCGGCAAUGGCUGAUCACAUACUUUUUCACGAAAGCUGGCUGACCGGUCAACACAUCUCCAAUUUUUUACGGUGAAUGUAUCAGUACUGUGCUGUAUGUCUUUUUUUUAAUUAUUUAUAAGUGGGAUAUUUUUUUCUUGCUCGUUUGCAUCAUUCAGCAAACUGCUUUCAUUUGGGGUGUCCAAAGUGCAGCAGGGGGCUUGAAGAUCCUUUUUUUUUUUUUUUUUAUAAGUCUUUAGAGUAAAACGAAUUCAUUAUUAAUGAUAUUGUUAUUGAGGAAUAUUAUAUAUUACACUAUAUAGUUACAACACAAAGCUAAAGUGUGGAUGUUUUGUUUAGAUAGCUUAGCAUAUAUUGGCCCAAAGAUUGGUUUUAGCAUCUUUAAUGUACAAAAAAUGCUAAUGUUUUGCUAUUUUAUAGCUAUAAAGUGUGGACAUUAUUGACAUUCAGAAUGCACUGUAGGAAAAUAAUACUACUGAGAAAUAGACACGACAACUGAAAAGAGGUAGUUCCGCGAAAAACAAGAGCAAUGAACGUGACAAAAACGUGCUGACAUUUGUCUACGUCAAAAGCUUGUAUAGUACCUCACUGUGGCAGGCGAGCGGACAGUGACUCAUGAGUUCAGGAAGAGGCAACAUCCACAUUUCUCACAGGAUGCUUCAGGAAAAACAAGCCCACUGAAAAUGGAUGGCUGGCAAUAAAAACUUGCAGGCGGCAAACUGACUUCCGCCUUGCACUUAUGAGCAAUUAUUGGCGCCAAAAAUGGUUUGCACAGUGAACAUGAUUGACAAUAGUAAUUAGAGAACAGAUGUGCAAUGCAAAACGUAUUUGUCAGAAUUGAAAGAAUACAAAUGCUUAAUUUAAAGUGCAAUAUGAACAGACAUAAGAGUAUCCUAAAGCUUAGAAAUCAAGGAACAUCAAAAAAGGCACUUAUAGAAAGAAUCACAUGCAUGCAUAUUCAUCAUUGUUUUGAUAAUAAAUAUGUGUCAAUUUAA